AUGAAAUCAACUGGUCUUGGUUAUGGCAUGGGAACACAAUUUUAUUACAAUUUAUCUGGAUUGGUACAGGAUAAUCCAGCUCCAAGACGAUUCUCUCUUCAUCAAAAACAACCAUCCUUCCACCAAGAACCAUUCUUCCCGCAGGGACAUCCUUUCCAACAACAAGGUUUUGGCUUGAACCAGGAUGUUCAUCAAAUGCCAAGGACUCCAUUCCCUCAUCAUCUUUUCAAAAGACAAGCUCCAGUCGAUCCAGAAUAUUUCAACCAGGAAGCUUUCAGCAAAGAUUUCUUAGGGAGUAAAGAUUUUCCCAGUGAAAGUGGUUUCUCUCAAGACUUUGGAUCUGAUUUUCAAGGAGGCUUCGGAGACCAGUGUUCUGAUAAACCAGUAAAGUGCAGCUCUACCAAGAGAUAUCGAGAUUACAAUGGGCUGUGUAAUAACAUCAAUAACCCUUACUGGGGAUCUACCAUGCAACCUUUAAACAGAAUGUUAGCACCAAACUAUAUGGACAAUGCCAAUGGUGGAGAUUUGAAAUGCUGUGAUGGUGUUUCUUUAACUAAUAGAUUUCCAUUGCAUGAUCAUGUUUUCAAAGGUGGACCAUGUUAUCCAAUUUACAUUCCUGAUGGCGACCGACAUUUCUCUAGAUCCUGUAUGAAUUUUGUACGAUCUCAGGCCCACGCUAAAAGACAAGCUUGUAAGCAAGGUCCCCGAGAACAGAUGAAUAUAGUUACAUCCUUCCUUGAUGCAUCAGCCAUUUACUCAGCUAAAGAUUCUGGAGCUAACGAUCUCAGAUCAAAACAAAGAGGAAGACUGAGAACACAGCAGUACGACCUUUUACCUACAGAUGAACAAAAUAAGGAUUGUGUUAAAGAUACUGAUGUCGAAUCUUGUUUCAAAUCAGGUGAAAAACGAGUUAACGAACACCCAGGCUUAGCAACCCUCCACACUAUGUUCCACAGGGAACAUAACCGAAUCUGUGGUUGGUUAUCCCGUUAUAAUCCUCAUUGGGGUGACGAGAGAGUCUACCAAGAAGCCAGGAAGAUCAGCGGUGCCAUGCUCCAACACAUUACUUACAGUGAAUGGUUACCCAUUCUGCUUGGAAACAACUAUAUGUCUCAAUAUGGUCUUCAUGUUGAUUCAGCUGCAUCCUUUGAUGGCUUUGGGCCACGAAAUUGGUAUUAUGAUGAUAAGCAAAAUCCUAGAAUCAUAAAUGCUUUCGCUGCUGCUGCUUUCAGAAUAGGUCACACCUUGAUUCCAAGAAGAUUUACUAUUGGUAAUGAACGGAUUGAACUAAGAAAAUUAUUCAAUAGACCCAAAUUUUUAUACCAACAAGAAGGUCUUGGAGUUGGUAUGGUUGGUGAAGGUUUAGUUGAUGAUGCUCUUCAAUUUCCCGAUCGAUUCAUCAACAUUGAAUUAACUGAUCAUCUUUUUGAAGAUUUGAAUAAUAAAAGUAUGGAUCUUGCCUCGUUGAACAUCAACCGAGGUAGAGAUCAUGGUUUGCCUCCAUAUAAUGAAUUCAGAGAUUAUUGUGGUUUGGCAAAGUUUACUGGAUUCAAUGAAAUGAAAGAUGGAAAUGUCUUUGCUUCUGUCUAUAGGCAUGUUGAUGAUAUAGAUUUAUUCUCUGGUGGAAUAGCUGAAUCAUCUGUAUCUGAUGGUCUUGCUGGACCAACCCUAGGAUGUAUCAUCGCUACCCAAUUUAGAGCAAUCAAGUAUGGUGACAGAUAUUGGUAUGAAAAUCCCGAUUCUACCCUUGGAUUUACACGCAAUCAACUACGUGAGAUAAAGAGAGUUACUAUGGCUAGAAUGAUGUGUGAUGAUACCAAUGUUAACGUCAUGCAACCUAAAGCUUUUAUUCAACCUUCUUUCAAUAAUCCAAAGGUAGCCUGUAACCAGAUCCCAGCUAUGGAUUUCUCUCAUUGGGCUGAAGUGCAGAAAUAG